CACAUGGACAAGCGGCGAUGCUUCGCGCCCUGCACUUCGAAACCUGGGAAGACGUGCCCGCCGACGUUGCCCAGGAUCUGCGCCGCGUGCUCGACGCCACCACUUUCUGGGGAGAGGCUCAUAUUCUGGCAGGCCUGGUACUGGCAGCCCUUUGCAGAGGGCCUGGUGCAGAACGGGGAACGCGUGGCCGCGAAGGGCAUCACCAAGGCCACCCUCCUGGCGCGCCACUGCAGAAGGGGAGACAUUGAGCGAGACAGCGCGAUGCCCAAGGCCCACUUCCAGCACGAGGCGGCCAAGCUCAACUUGCCCCACAGUCUCGGUUGCUGGGACGCCCGGCUGGCGUACAAGCUGAGGCGCUGGCGCCAGGGGGAGUCGCGGCACACGCUGGUCCAACGUCAGCGGGAGAGUCUGGAGCGGCUUGGGCGCCUGGUAGCACCGAGGGUGGCUGCGGCAGCGUGGGGCCUGGCAUGGAACAGGUGGUGCACGGCGCGCCGCUUUCAGGGUGCCCGGGCGUGCGUGCCUGGGCUGGCGCUG